CCUGUCACUUCUGGGCUGAGAGCAGCGACCAAUAUCAUCAGACAGACGAUGCGGGAAUUCAAUUGCAAUUCGUGCAAUAUACCAGUAUACCAAAUCCGUGUAUACCAAAUUCGUGAAAUAAAAGAACGCUUUCCCUUUCGUCACUGAUACACCAGGUGUUUGAUUCAAGGCGUAAGGUGCUGCUGCCAUUGUAAUCAGAUAAACACAAAAGAGCAUAAGAAGAAGAACCAGGAAAUGAAUAACUUCCCCCGACAGUGGUAGAAGGAUUACGACCCAUCAUUCUCUCUCCUACCAUUCACAUCUCAGGGUUGGAGGAGCUGUCUCAGUGAUAAACUACCUGCUCAGAGCAUAAGCCUUGCAACCCACCCCCAUCCCCCACUCACUCACACACACCCAGUCAGGAUGAAGCUGAAAGAGGACCUGAACCCAGUGCUGCUGCUGCUCUUCCAGGUGACGGUGUGGCUGUACUCUGUCCUAGCCUUCCUCCCCUCCUACCUCUUCAGCUCUGUGUCAGAAUCAGACGCAGGCCUCGGCUCAGAACAGGAGCGGGCUCAGAGACUCAAGGCCCGGUCUGUGACGGGUCACCCCGCGGGGCCCUACAGGGCCAUGGGCGCCACGAAGAGGCUGGUGUCGUCCCUGCACCCCGGGGUGGACACACUGGAUAAGGUGUUUGAGGACGCAUCCAGAAGGUUCCCUGACAGAGACUGCCUGGGCACCAGAGAGGUAGUCAUGGAGGAGGAUGAGAGGCAGAGCAACGGAAAGUUCUUCAAGAAGGUGAUCCUUGGGCAGUACCGCUGGCUGUCCUAUGCUGAGACCCACAGGGCAGCAGCCUGCUUUGGCAUUGGUCUGGCAGCGCUUGGCCAGAGGGCCCACAACAAUAUUGCCAUCUUCUGUGAGACCAGGGCCGAGUGGGUAAUAGCUGCACAGGCCUGCUUCAUGCAAAACUUCCCCUUGGUCACUCUGUACUCUACCCUGGGGGGUCCGGCCAUCACUCAUGGUCUGAACGAGACAGAGGUCAGUCACAUCAUAACCAGCCGAGAGCUACUGGAGACCAGACUCAAGUUCAUCCUGCUGGAGGUGCCCAGGCUGCAGCACAUCAUUGUGGUGGAUGACACGCCCACCGAGUGGCCUGGUUACCCACGAGGCAUCAGUGUCCACAACAUGGCCAAUGUUCAGGGGCUGCGGACCAAGCCUGAGAAUGUGUGUCAGGGGCAUAAACAGCCCAUGCCCUCUGACAUCGCUGUCAUCAUGUACACCAGCGGCUCCACUGGCGUACCCAAGGGAGUCAUGAUCUCCCAUAGCAACAUCAUUGCUGGCAUCACUGGCAUGGCAGAAAGGAUACCCAACCUGGGUGAGAAUGACACCUACAUCGGGUACCUCCCUCUGGCCCAUGUGUUGGAGCUGAGUGCAGAGCUGGUGUGUGUGGCUCACGGCUGCAGGAUCGGCUACUCCUCCCCCCAGACACUAGCGGACCAGUCGACAAAGAUUAAAAAAGGCAGCAAAGGAGACACCAGUGUUCUGCAGCCUACUCUAAUGGCAGCUGUGCCGGAGAUAAUGGAUCGUAUCUAUAAGAAUGUGAUGACCAAGGUGGAGGAGAUGAGCAGUGCUCAGAGGACUCUGUUCACUCUGGCCUACAACUACAAGCUGGAGCAGCUCUCCCAGGGACGCAGCACACCACUGUGUGACAACCUAGUGUUUAAGAAGGUUCGGUCCCUACUGGGGGGGAAGACCAGGGUGCUGCUGUCAGGCGGGGCGCCCCUCUCUGCCGCCACCCAGCGCUUCAUUAAUGUCUGCUUCUGUUGCCCCGUGGGCCAGGGCUAUGGCCUCACCGAGACCUGCGGAGCUGGAACCAUCAGCGAGAUGUGGGACUACAGUACAGGGCGAGUUGGAGGGCCACUCAUUUGUUCUGAAAUCAAGCUCAAGGAUUGGGUGGAGGGUGGCUACCACAUCACAGACACGCCCACCCCACGAGGUGAGAUUCUGAUUGGCGGGCCCAAUGUUACCAUGGGUUACUACAAGAACGAGGCCAAGAACCAGGACUUCUUUGUGGAUGAAAACGGCCAGCGCUGGUUCUGUACGGGAGACAUAGGAGAGGUCCAUCCUGAUGGAUGCCUCAAGAUCAUUGAUCGUAAGAAGGACCUGGUUAAGCUCCAGGCAGGAGAGUAUGUGUCUCUGGGGAAGGUGGAGGCCAUGCUGAAGAACUGCCCCCUUAUAGACAACAUCUGUGCCUACGCCAACAGCGAUGAGAUGUACGUGAUUGGCUUUGUGGUGCCCAAUCAGAAGCAUCUGCUUUUGCUGGCGGAGCAGUAUCUUAUCCGGGGCUCGUGGGAGGAGCUGUGUGACAACGCUGCCAUGGAGGAGGUGGUCCUGCAGGUCAUCACCGAGGCCGCCCUAUCAGCCCAGCUGGAGCGGUUUGAGAUCCCCCGUAAGAUCCGUCUGAGCCCCGACCCCUGGACCCCCGAGUCGGGCCUGGUGACCGAAGCCUUCAAGCUCAAACGCCAGCAGCUGAAGAGCAAGUACCAGGACGACAUCGAGAGAAUGUAUGGCGGGAAGUAGGACCAAACCAGACCAGAACCUCUCCAAGCACAGAGCCAGCAUCUGCCUCAAGCCGCCCAGCUCCUUGCUCAAACCUCUUUUCCCCACCCGACCCCCGAACCCCAACCCCCAUCCUGGACGAGCCACCAGAAGCACUCAAAUGACUUGAAUCUACUUUGUUCUCCUGAGACCAAAAAAGAUAGACAGAUUGAGAGAGAUAGAGAGAGAGACAGAUUGAGAUAGAGGGAGAGAAAUAUAAAUAUCAAAGAGAGGAGGCUGUGUUGUUGCAAUAUUUCCCCUCCACUGUUCCUUUAUUCGAUAAAAUGGCUUUGCUUAAAAAUGUGAAUCAAUAGACAAUAGCCUAGCCCUGAAGACUGUUGGAGAGAAAGAUUAGCUAGGGGAGAGUAAGUAAGGAGUGUUGUUGGAACACCCUCAAACAGUAUCUCCAUGUUCAUUCCACUUCUUACCCUCUUUGGAGAUGAUUUUCCUCAAGAUGUGAGUUAUGAGACAGGACAGGUAUGUCAUGUUGCCUGUUGAGCUCAUGUCUGUCUGAGUGUUGUCGACUGUUAUUGAAGCACAAACUCAGGUUGGUUGGAAAACUUUCCAUUUGAACCCCAAUGCCCUUCUGUCUGAGGGCGUCAGGAAUGCUAAGCCAUGAGAGCCUGUAGAGAGCAAGUACCAUUAACAUUUAGGUUAAUAGCUGCUGUUUGAUUAUUUGUUUUUCUCCUUUAAUUCCGUGAUUCUGUUCACAUUAGUAUAGAGUCCUCAUUGGCUAAUUCUCUGUCCAAGUUCAAAAUCCAUGGCUCCAAAUCCAUUUUUUUCACUGCGUAUUCUAUUGUUUAUUCCAGAACCUAAUUCUGCCCAGAGACUAGUCUUACUUUCUGCAGGACAGGAAGAAACUAGCUGUCUGUGUUUAUUUUUGUUGUGUUUGGUUGAUGCUGUUUUUUCUGCUUAGUGAGGCUUUAGUACUAUGAUUUAUAUUUGAUGCCCAUCUGCCCAUCCAAUCCUACAAGCAUGAAGUCAACAGGAGGUUCAGAGAGACUAAGAUAAGAUAAUGACUUUAUUAUCCCAAUGGGGAAAUUUUGGUUGCGGCUAGGGGCAGUGAAAUGAUGAGUCUCUUCCACCAGAAGAAAAACAGAACAUUUUGAAGUGAAUAUACAGUACCACUCAAAAGUUUGGACACACCUACUCAUUCAAGGGUUUUUCUUUAUUUUUACUAUUUUCUACAAUGUAGAACAAUA